UUGUCGAUAUUUUUUAGCCUGAGAGUAACAUAUUUUGCAAAAGGGCCAAUUUUUAGGCAUAUUUUAUUAAUUCCUUGACUAAGUUCUUUUAAAUGUCAAAUUUUAAUUCCCCAACGAUCAGACGAGCUACACUUUGGCAGCCAUAAUAAGACGUGCUAGGCUUGGGCAAGCGGGUUUUGUGGUACGUGCAAGUGUUGUGUUUGCUCCGUAUUUUAUAUGAUUUCAAUGCGAAAAAUUGGACAGAAUAAUCAGAUACAGUGUGCUAUGUUAACAUUAAGGUAUUGAUAUGCUCUUAGAGCAUGGAAAGUACUAUACCAUUUGCUCGCUUUGGGGCCAGCUGACUUAACAGGUCAAGGACAGCAUUUUUAAACAUUGUACAUUAUUUUGGGGAGAGUCUUUUGACAAAAUGCAACAAGUUGAAACACCGAUUCAGAAUAAUGCGAGCCCCACAAAGGCCACCGACGACAGGGAGCCUCCACCCCGAGUAGAUGUGCCCCUUGAACCGGUAAAUGGUGUGGUUCAGCCCCCCGUCCAUCCACCUCCCAAUCGGCCAGGCAGGGUCACUAACCAGCUGCAAUUCCUACAAAAGACCGUUCUUAAAGCAGUAUGGAAACAUCAGUUUGCCUGGCCCUUCCAUCAACCCGUUGACGCCAAAAAACUCAAUCUACCCGACUACCAUAAAAUAAUUAAGAACCCAAUGGAUCUGGGGACAAUAAAGAAGCGCCUGGACAACAACUACUACUGGUCAGGCAAGGAGUGUAUCCAGGACUUCAAUACGAUGUUCACCAAUUGUUAUGUGUACAACAAACCCGGCGAGGAUGUGGUUGUGAUGGCUCAGACCCUGGAGAAAGUCUUCUUGACAAAAGUCGCUGAUAUGCCUAAAGAGGAGUAUGUGAUCGAUCCUCCAGCCAAGGGAAUCAAGGGAAAGAAAGGCAGAGUUGCGGGCACGCCAGGGGUCGGCGCAGGACGCGGACGACCACCAGCGGUCAGUUCUACCGUCGCCACACCAACAACUGCCCCUUCAACUGCGUUACCGUUGGGUACUCAAGCGCCCGCGACAGUUCCUGGCAGCACUGCCACCACCACGAUUGCGCCUACGACCCCCGUAACACACAGUAACCUGCCCCAACAGCUGGCUCAGCCCACGGCCGGCUAUCACGUCGCCCAACCCCUGGCCAACCCUCUGGAACCGUCAAACCUCGCUCCUAACGUACUCCCUGGAAACGUGAUGCCUCCCGCUCAACCUGCAAAGGUAAAAAAAGGUGUAAAAAGAAAGGCGGACACAACGACUCCGUCGGCGACGGCGUUUGAGUACAACACUCCAAUGGAGUCCAAGUCGGCGAAGAUAUCGACGCGUCGGGAAUCGGGUCGACAAAUAAAGAAACCAAUCAGGGCCGAAUUAGACGGCUUGGUGCCCUACAAUCAGGCCAACAUUUCACCUUUAAUGAACAUGAAUGCGUCCCAACAGCAGCACGCGUCGCACAAGUCCAAAGACAAGUUGUCUGAGGCGCUCAAGUCCUGUAACGAGAUACUCAAGGAGCUCUUUUCCAAAAAGCUUUCGACUUAUGCGUGGCCAUUCUAUAAGCCUGUGGAUGCAGAAUUGUUGGGGUUACACGAUUACCACGACAUAAUAAAGAAACCGAUGGACCUGGGAACUGUUAAACAAAAGAUGGACAACAGGGAGUACCGUACCGCACAGGAGUUUGCAGCGGACGUGCGGCUGAUCUUUACCAACUGUUACAAGUACAAUCCUGAAGAUCAUGACGUUGUUGCAAUGGCGCGAAAACUGCAGGACGUCUUUGAAAUGAAGUUCGCAAAGAUUCCAGACGAGUCCCUUCAGAGGGUGGGAGGCAGUUCAUCGACCAAGUCAGAUUCUAGUUCAUCAGGCUCAAGUUCAGACUCAUCCAGCGACACAGAAGACUCAGAAGAAGAGAGGCGGAACAAACAAUUGAAAAUGUUGGAAAAAGAAUUGAUAGCGAUGCAAGAAAAGAUGCGCAAGUUGGUGGAGGAAAGCGGGAAAAAGAAGAAAGCGAAAAAGAAAGCAAAAGAAAUAGAGAAGAGCAGCAAAAAGAUGGUAGCAAAUAGUAGCGCAUCCGCGGGAGGCGGAGGUGGCGGUCUCGGUAAGCCCGGGGGCGCGUCUCUAAACAAGUCGAAUAACGUAAUGUCGGACAGCGUCGACGACAGCAUAGCCAGCGUGGUUUCGGGGGCGGAUAUGAAGAUGGGCGGGGGGGUCGGCGGCGUGGUCGGCGACGUCCAUCAUCACACGGCCGCCGGCAAGUCGCUCAACAUGCACCACCACCUUCAUUCAUUGGCGACGGGGGCCAAUGCCGCCGCGGUUGCGGGAGGCCCCGCUGCCGCGGCAGCUUCUAAACCCGUCAAAAGCAAAGGUGUGAGGGGACCGAAGCCAGCGCAGGGUAACGCAGCGUCCAAGAGACAGAAGGCAAACAAUAAGACUGGCGCCGGACGUAAGAAAUCGGCGGCGCAAGCCCCCGCACUUGCCUUCGACUCUGAGGACGAGGACAAUGCGAAACCAAUGUCCUACGAUGAGAAACGACAACUUUCAUUAGACAUCAACAAACUGCCAGGUGACAAAUUGGGGCGUGUAGUGCACAUAAUACAGUCGCGAGAGCCGUCGUUACGUGAUUCGAAUCCGGAUGAAAUCGAGAUCGACUUUGAGACGCUCAAGCCGUCCACGUUACGAGAACUGGAGAGCUACGUAGCGUCGUGUCUACGCAAAAAGCCACGUAAGCCCUACUAUAAAAAGAUGCCGGGCAAGUCGAAAGACGAGCAGAUAGCGGAGAAGAAGCAAGAGUUGGAGAAGAGACUGAACGACGUUAACGAUAAAAUAGGCAAUACAAAGAAGACGACAAAGAAAGAAGAGGCUAGCAAAGUGGAUCCAGCGGGAGCUGGCGGUCCCACCGGUCGCCUGUCCUCCAGUUCGAGCAGUUCGGACACGGACAGCAGUACGUCGAGCAUAUCGAGCAGCUCGUCGGACUCCAGCGACAGCGAAGCAGGUUAGCUCUCACCACUACUACUACUCACCCACAACAACCAUUGCGGUGAUAAGUUGUUGAACGCCAUUAAAAGUUGACACAAGUAAUAGUAUAAAACAAUGAGUACGUCAACAACGCCACACAUACACACACGAUACACACAGAAAAGACCAUUUCCUUGUUUCCUCCCUGCCUAUUUAAGAGAUCGACCCCUUCGAUUCUAUGGCAACGAUUAUUGUUAACUAGGUACUACUCAUUUGGUUUCGUUGUCAUUUUUAUCUCUCCUCCCGUUAUUAGCCGCCUGAUUUCACGGUAGAAAUUGUUGCUUGUCGGGGUUGAGACGUAAAAGUAGACGUAGAGACGGAGUGUGUGCGUAAAAACAUGGGCGUGAGACAGUCGUCGCAAAAAGUCCUCUUUUUUCCUCUCAUUCUGGUUUUUGUCUUAAAAAGGUAGAGCGCGCUGUUGUACGAAUUUUGAAUAGGCAAUAUAAUAUAAUUUUUAUGUAUAUGAAGUGCCAUGCACGUCGCGUUGUUAUUCUUUAUUCCAUUUUAUCCUUCAUAUUAAUUAUAUUACUGCGAUUAAUAAAUGAUAAGUCUAAAAAGAACGAUCGUGUUUAAUUUAUUUUAAUGUAAUCUCGAAUGAUGUUUGCGAGUAGAUUUUUCGUUCGUUGUGGUUGAAUGAGAAGUGCAAAUUUUACUUUCCUCUUUUAAUUGGGUACCAUACAUGUAUAAUAUAAAGAAAUCCGUACAAACACAAUUACGUACGUAUAUUAAUAAGAGAUUUGCAAAAGAGAUGUACAUAUACAUAUAAUAUCAUCGUUCCAUUAAGCGAUUAAAAAGGUAUUUAUAAUGUAAAGUAAUUAUUACGAAGUAGUGGCCGAGUUUCAACGUUUGUUCUUUUCUUUUGGCUUUAACGAUUAAAAACAUUACGGAAAUUCCGCCUAACGACUUGUUAUUAAUUAGUAUCCGAUUACCCCCCCCCUUUUUUUUAAACUAAAUACUUUUUUGCAUAUAAACGCCUGAUCGCAAGGGUGUAACUAGGCUCGCUCCAUCAGUCAGUUCACAUUUUCACCCACCCAUCGAACAAUUUUGCACCCACACACAUACACACACACACAUGCAUUAGUUACGUAUAACCACACCCCACAUAAAUGUGUAUAUAUAUAUAUAUUUCUGUUUCAUCGCUAAAAAAAAAUGACAAAAAGAACAGGUAGCAAAACACGAUUACUAAUCACUGUUACUAUUUUUACAACAGUUAUGGUGAAAAGUACAUGACGCUAAAAUUGUAUGAUAAUGAUAAUAAUGGUUAAGUACAUACAUGAAAAAAGUAAUUAAUUUAAAUAAAUAAAAAAAUAAUCAUGUAAUAAUUGUGACGGAGAAACUAUUCCAUGAAAAUUAUUGUGUAUAUACAGUUGCCGUAAGUAACAGCGUGUGUACCGUAUGUUAAUCGGUUAAUUAUUUAAUUAUUGCCGUCAGGAACGAAUGAAUGAAUCGUUAUCGGUCCCUUUACACUUUCGAUUUUCAUUUUAUUUUUAAUUAAUUAACUGAUUCGAUAAUAUUAUUGUUUAGUAUUUUCGCGUGUAUUUCACUACCCAAAUAUAUGGUUGUGCGUCCCUAUAGAAAGAAUAUCAAACCCCCCACUGUUUUAUUAUGAGUGGACGUGUCCCUUCUGCCUCUUACACACACACACAUACACACAAACAGUCACAUAUAUGGAUACCUUCUUGUUUCUUUUACUAUUGGCUUAAAUUAUUAUUUAUAUUUGUACGUUUUCGGUUAGUAUUUCCUCUUGCUUUUUCCUUUUCUUUUCGAGUAUAUAAUAUAUAUAUACAUUUU